AUGACCAGUGCUGCCCCAGCUAAGAAACCCUAUCGUAAGGCCCCACCUGAACAUCGGGAGCUGCGGCUGGAAGCCCCUGGAUCCUGGCAUGAGCAGGAGGAGUCCCUGACUGAUGCAGAGCGGAUGAAGCUCUUGCAGCAGGAAAAUGAGGAGCUUCGUCGACGCCUGGCCUCAGCUACCAGGCGCACCGAGGCCUUGGAGCGUGAGCUGGAAAUUGGACAGGACUGCCUGGAGCUGGAGCUGGGCCAGAGCCGAGAGGAGCUGGACAAGUUUAAGGACAAGUUCCGCAGGCUGCAGAACAGCUACACAGCCUCCCAACGGACCAACCAGGAGCUGGAGGACAAGCUGCACACACUGGCCUCUCUUAGCCACAGCUGGAUUUUUGCAAUCAAGAAGGCUGAGAUGGAUAAGAAGACACUAGACUGGGAAAUUGUGGAACUGACCAACAAGCUGCUGGAUGCUAAGAACACCAUCAACAAACUGGAGGAGCUCAACGAACGAUAUAGGUUGGACUGCAACCUGGCUGUACAGCUCCUCAAGUGCAAUAAAUCCCAUUUCCGAAAUCAUAAGUUCGCUGAUCUGCCUUGUGAGCUACAGGACAUGGUUCAGAAGCAUCUGCACAACAGCCACGAGGCUGCCAGCCCAAGCCCUGCGCCCAGCCUGGCCCCAGGGUCCGUGGUGCCCACCUCUGUCAUUGCCCGUGUGCUGGAGAAGCCAGAGUCUCUGCUGCUCAACUCGGCCCAGUCAGGCAGUAUUGGGCAUCCUUUGGCUGAGGAUGUGUUUGUCCAUGUGGACAUGAGUGGGGAUACUCUGGGUGACCCAUCCAGUCCCUCCGCCCCUGGCAGCCCUGCCUCCCAGCCCAAUGGGGAAUGCCAUUCGCUGCGCACUGCUGGAGGCUCUCCAGAAGAGGAGCUGCCCCUGCCAGCUUUUGAAAAGUUAAGCCCUUACCCUACCCCAUCCCCACCGCACCCACUGUAUCCUGGCCGUAAGGUGAUCGAGUUCUCUGAGGAUAAGGUGCGGAUCCCCCGGAACAGCCCCCUGCCUAACUGCACAUAUGCCACUCGACAGGCCAUUUCCCUGAGCCUGGUGGAGGAGGGGGGAGAGCGGGCCCGCCCCAGCCCGGUCCUCAGCAGCCCUGCCUCGGCCCAGGUCUCACCCCACCAUCAGGCCAGCCCAGCCGCUCCAGUACUCAGCGCCCUGGCCAGCUCAGCUAGCUCGGAGGAGGACUUGCUGGCCAGCUGGCAGCGGGCGUUUGUGGACCGUGCCCCGCCACCAGCUGCUGUCACCCAGCGCACUGCCUUUGGAAGUGACGUGCUCCCUGAGCUGCAGCGCCACUUUGCCCUUAGCUCCACUGACAGAGACGAGGCAGCACAGGUACCUUCCUCUCCUGGAGAGAGUGGAGUCCUGCUGCCAACAGAAUCUGCUUCUGACCAUCCCGGGGAGGAGGAGGAAGAAGAGCUAAACCUGCCUGUCAGCCCUGAGGAGGAGCGCCAGAGCCUGCUGCCCAGUGCUAGUGGCACAGAGGAGGGGUCUGGCACAUCCCAGAGUGAGGGCAGGGCUUGGCCACUUCCUAACUCCAGUCGCCCCCAGCGCAGCCCUAAGAGAAUGGGGGUUCACCACCUACACCGCAAAGACAGCCUGACCCACGCCCAGGAGCAGGGCAACCUGCUCAGUUAG